AUGGCAGCAGCAAUACCUCAUCAUCUUCUUGAAACAUUAGUCAAUUGUCCAUCGUGUUUACAGCGUUAUGUCGAGCCACGAGUUUUGCCUAACUGUGGCCAUACGAUAUGUGGAACUUGUCUGGAAAAUGAAUGGAAAGGCAAAUACAUACACUUUUGUCCAGUUAAACUCUGUCGAAAGGAAAUUUGUUCGACAAUCAAUCAUAUAACUGAUCUACCAUUGAAUCAGACAGUACUUGAUUUGAUUAAAUCAUGUAAUUUUCAUGUUGAAGCUACAGGUCAAUGUCAAGUUUGUAAUCAAUCACCGUCGUUUGUCAAAUGUUCGCAUUGCUGUUCCUUUGUUUGUUUUGAAUGCGGAAAUCAACAUCGACGAGAGACAUUGACUAACCUCACCAAUAAUAUCAAUACAUUAGAACAAGAAUAUCUCAGCAUGAAUGAUAAUAUUGACCACGCACGUGCCAAACUUGAUGAAAUACGACGAAAAUCCCUCGAUGGUAUGCAAAAUUACUACACACGUAUGAUCGAGGAGAUUCGUCAGGCACAAAAGGCCAAUGAAGAAGUCGUCGAACGGCAAACCUUAGCGUGGAAUAAUGACUUGGAAUUGAUUAUCAAAGAUUAUAAGCAACGUUGUGAGCAAAUCUCGAAAACUAUUCAAGAUCUACGUACAACGAUUACUGACUGGUCGACAAUUGAACAAUUUAAACAGUUACAGAUCAAAUUGAAUCAUUUACAAGAUGACAUCCGUGAUGCCAAUGAUUUCUUUCAUGAACAUUUACCUGAUAUGAAGAUUUUCGAAAUUGACAGCGAUGAUGUUCAUCAGAAGAAGAAGAAACACAUCAAUCAAGUGGAUUCACCAUCACAAACCGAUGAAUUAAUUCUUGGCAAUGGCAAAAGUCAUCUUUCGACAUUGUCCGGUUCAAUAAGAAUCCAACAUCUCGAUGAUUCAACCAGUUCAACAUCAUCUUCAUCAAAUAAUGAGCCUGUUAAAACGUCAACACCUACAAAUGGCCGAGGAAUAAAAAAACAUAUGAAUAGUAAAGGAAACCAUUAUAAAUCGUUGAAUACACUCGCUCAACAUCAUCAUCAUCAUCUUCACCAUCAUCAACCACAUUCAAUCCAUGCCUCGAAUGGUAAUUCACUUCAUCAUGCUCAUUCACCGCAACAUCAACCCUCUUCUCCACGAGCCUCCAUUACUCAACAACGUUCUCAAACACCGGGCUGUACUCCAACAGCGCCGAAAACGAUGUCCAAUUCCAUUGCUGAUCUCUCCUUAUCGUUGAAUAGUUCGAAACUUUCAUCAGUGUUAAACCGUCUAUCAACAUCGUUUCAUUCGAAAUUAGAUAAUUCUAAUAAUGAAUUUCAUAAGAAGAUUCCAUUAGCGCAAAGUUACGAUUGGGGAAUCCUAGCCGUGACAAAAACCGAUUUGAUAUUACUUUAUAAUAAAGACAAAGGUUCGUUGAUUAUCUUCGAUGCAAAUGGAAGUGAGAAUGAAAGGAUUCAAUGGUCUGACGGAGAGAUCAAAGAUCUAUGUGUUUAUCACGACGAUAGUAUAAUUAUUGUUGGUGAACAUAAACAAGGUGCAUCAAAGCCGAUAGAAUGUAAAUUAUAUCUCUGUAAUCUAACGCGGAAACAGCUUGAACGCGAACGCGUUGUGGAACGUGGUCUCAAUUGUCAACGCGUAGCAUCGGAUGAAAAAUUAAUCUUCUACGGGUCAGAAAAGGGUUGUAAUAAAUCGAAAGUCUCCAUCUACGAUCAUGAACUGCAACUACAAACGAAUUUUGAAGUCGGAGUCGAAAUUCGCAGUUUAGCUGUUGACAUGCAAUCGUGCUAUAUAUUAGGUAAACGACGUGAACGUGAACCGGGAAGAUAUUUCGUUGAAAAGAGACAAAAGAAUGGCCAACUUAUUCGUCGUAUUGAUCUCUAUGAAUUAAAUGUCGAUAAUAUGAAUCGAUUAAUAAUCGAUCCAAUAAGUCAUGGAGUGAUCGUUACCGAUGGAGGAAAUAAAAAAAUCUGGGCUAUUGGACCAGAAGGAGAAAAAAAAUCAGUUCAAUAUCGACCAUGGCCGUGGACAGUGGCGUUUUUAACCAAUGAUGUUUUAGUUAUUUUACAUGCUGGCUGCUUAACAUUUCAUGCAGUUAAUCAAGCGAAACAGAUGACCAAUGGCUCGAAAUUGCGAAAUAUUAUGACAAAUGCUGAAAAAGUUUAA